AACAUUCGACUAAUUGUUGGUGCACAUGUGCAAACACAGAUUGUACUUUGGAGCAGUAGUCGAGAGUGUUUCUGUCAGGAUGGCAGAAAAAUUUGGAAUGGGACUCAUUUCUGCGUCUUUGCUGCAUUUUCUACUUUUAAAUGUUCGGCUGGGCUCCGGAGUUCCUGCUCCAUCUGCGGGUGAAGUGUUUCUGUCCGGUCAAUCAGCUGAUAGCAUUUUGCGCAGACACAAACGUUACAACACUGGACUGUUUGAGGAGUUUCUGCAGGGAAACCUGGAGAGAGAGUGUAAAGAGGAAAUAUGCGACCUAGAAGAGGCGAGGGAGACAUUCGAGAAUGAUGAAAAGACAAUGGAAUUUUGGGCAGGAUAUGCAGAUGGUAAUCAGUGUAUGUCAAGGCCAUGCCUGAACCAGGGGUCAUGUAAAGACAUCCUGGGCUCCUACACCUGCACAUGUGCAUCUGGCUUCACUGGGAGGAACUGUGAGAUUGUUAUAGCAAAAAGAUGCGAUGUGAACAAUGGAGACUGUAUGCACUUCUGUGACUCAUUAGGAGUCUUUGGAGCAAAAUGCUCCUGUGCUACAGGAUACAGGCUGAUGCAGGAUGGUGUCAGCUGUGAAGCAGAAGUUGAAUUCCCAUGUGGCAGAACUGCCCUGACAGCACAAAGUGGAGUAUAUACAAGAUCUGCGCUCCACUAUGAGAAUGCAAACAGCACUUCACUGACCGACACGAACACUACUGCAUACCCUCCCUCAACUCCAGCCCCUACCACAGUGUCGUUUAUGGACACAAGAAAUAGACGAAAGAAACUGCCCCUGUGGGUAUACAAUGCCACUGAGGCGCCAGUUAGGCCUUAUAAACGUAUCGUUGGAGGUGAAGUGGUCCUUCCAGGAGAGAUCCCAUGGCAGGUAGCCUUGGUAGCACGUCCCAGUGAUCAUAUAUUCUGUGGGGGAUCCAUUCUGAGCGAACACUGGGUUAUCACUGCUGCUCAUUGCCUGAUAGAGGCACAAGGCUCCUUCUUCGUCAGAGUGGGGGAGAAUAACAUCGACAUCAAUGAAGGCACGGAGCAGAAUCAUGAUGUGAAGGAGAUGCACAUUCACCCACGCUACAAUGCCACUCUGAGCUUAUACAACCAUGACAUUGCCCUCCUCUAUCUCAAAAGCCCCAUCACCUUCUCCAAGGUAGUGCGACCCAUCUGCAUAGGGCCCAUGACGUUCAUUGAGGCGUUAGUGAAGGAUUCCUCCCCAGCUACAGUCAGCGGCUGGGGCAGAACCCGCUUCCUUGGAGCCACGGCCAAGACGCUGCAGAAAGUCGAGGUUCCCUUCACAGAUCGCACAGAGUGCACGCAGAGCAGCCGCCAAAAGAUCACCUCUGUCAUGUUUUGUGCAGGAUACUAUAACGAGGCCAAAGAUGCCUGUCAGGGCGACAGUGGAGGCCCUCACGCAAACAGUAUUCAUGAUACAUGGUUCCUCACAGGCAUCAUAAGCUGGGGGGAAGAAUGCGCAAAACAAGGGAAAUAUGGUGUGUACACCCGGAUCUCUCUUUAUUACAGGUGGAUAAACCAUGUUAUGGGGGUAACUAAACACAGGAUGGCAUUUGAUUAUGAAAACCCUGACCCAUAAAAAUAAAAAUAAAAAAGUAUUGAACCUUUCAAACCCACUUCAGGUUGAAAAACUGAAAAGUUGCUUUUUAACUGUAAGAAUUUGGCAUGCAAAUGAAUUCAUAAAUACAAGUACAGCUUAUAGAUGUUGUAAAGAAAGCGGAUAUUUAACGUUUUUUUUUUCUUAAAUUCUAGCAUUGACAUCAACAACAGAAGCACAAUAAGCUGUAAAAAUGCAUGUGUAAAGAGAAAUACAUGAAUAUGCUUAAAUAGUGUUGAGACCUAUGAUUUAAUAUGCCCUUUCAUACUUCUAUGCAAAUAAAUAUACGACAAAAUACCAGUUCAUCUACCCGUAUCAGAACAUCACUUACAUGUUAUGUGAAUGAAUUUGAUAAGAAAGAUAAAUAAAAUGAAAAUCUGAAAAGCCAAACAUCAAGUUAAAUUUGACCAAAAGCUCAACAAAAACAGAAAAUUCUGCAGUUUUAUUAUUUAAGCCAGCUGCUACUGAAACAAGACAGAAAUAAUAGAUUAAAUCAGGGUGAAUGACAAAGACUGGGCUUAGUUGUUAGCCACCAUAUCACUGUGUCAAAACAACUAUUAUUUUAUCACUUAGGAAACAUAUUAUUGCAGCAAAUACUUUAGCAUUUGGCUUUCUUUACAUAAGAAAAGCUGUACAGAAAAAAUGCCUGUGUAGAGCGGUGACUGUAAUAAUACAAACCAACUCAUUGUUCGGUUGCCAUGCAUUUUAUCAAAAUAAAUGUUCAGCAACAAGCAUAGGGUAUAUGGCUCAUCAAGAGACAUAACAUCUCAAGCAUGAUUUUUGCUUCCCGAGCUGGAAAUCUGUGCAAAUUCUGCAGCAUUUUGGAUUGAAAUGACAAACAAACAAUGUGUUUUUUCUUAUAUAAGCUAAUAGCACAAAUAAAGGGGAUGUUGCACAAGAAUCAAGCAUAGCUCCUGUAAAAAUAUGGGUAUGUAAUUUCAUUUGGGA